AGACAGCCAAUCCGCUCAAGCCUUGUUAACAUGUUGCAACAAUAACACAACUUGUUUCCUCAAGAGAUAACGGCUUCAGUUUUCGGUAUGGCGACGGAUAGUGCCUCUGUGUACAUGUGCUUCCCCUGCUACCAAGAGUUUGACACCUUGGAGGAGGUGCUGGCCCACCAGCUGACCUGCACCACAGAGAACGUGGGGAGUGGGGCCCCCACCCCGGUCUCCAUUCCCUUCCUACAGACUCAGCAGCAGGUGUAUACCCGGCCCAUUGCUCCAUCGCCUGCCCCUCAGACCAAGGCUAGUGCCUCCUCUGAGCUGCCCAGCUCUGGUGCACCAGGCCUGGCCAUGGCCAGCCCAAAGAAGCCCUCCUCAGGAGACCAGCCCAAGAUCCUGUACCAGUGUGGAGACUGUGACGCCCUGUUCGACUCCCUGAUCCUCUGGCAGCAACACCGCAAACAUGGCCAGUGUCUGCAGACCAAGGCAGGACCCACCCAAUCACAACCAGGACCAGAAGAGACCGGCUCUGGAUCCGGAUCAGAACUGGCCCCAGAGGGAGGGGGGAAGCAGGGACAGGCUGAAGUGGAGGUGGACCUGGGUCCAGAUGAACCAAACGAACCAAACUCACCAGAUGAAGGAGGAGGGGGCAGAGGAAGAGAGAGAGCGAGAGGUAGAGGAAGAGGGAGAGGAAGGGGUAGAGGGAGAGGAAGAGGAAGGAGUCAGGAGAGGGCACAACAAACCCAGCAGCAGCAGGAUGUAGUGAAGACUGAGCUACCCGUGGAGAAAGAGAAAGAGGAGGAUGGGAUGAGUGCAGAGCACACACCAGCCACCCUGGAUCAUGCGUACCUGCCAAACACCACCAACAGAGGGCAGGAAGGAGGAGAGAAAGAGCCAGCAACAGAGAGCGUAGAAGUAUCCACUGGAUCUAACGCCUCUGAGAUCCAGGCUCAGGCAGCCCAUUCAUCUACAGAGACCCAGUCUGCAGCAGACAGCCAGUCCAUCCCUGACCCCGCUCCCUCCCAGGAGCCCCCAGACCCCGCUCCCUCCCAGGAGCCCCCAGACCCCGCUCCCUCCCAGGAGCCCCCAGACCCCACUCCCUCCCAGGACCCCCCAGACCCCGCUCUCUCCCAGGACCCCCCAGACCCCACUCCCUCCCAGGAGCCCCCAGACCCCACUCCCUCACAGGACCCCACUCCCUCCCAGGACCUCCCAGCCGAUAACCCUGGGGAGGAGCAGACUUCCUACUACUUCAGGAUGAAGGCAGCCAAGAAGCUCAAGCCCCCGUCCAGCCUGCUAUGUGUGGACUGUGGCUCCAGCUUCGGCAUGGUGUCUGAGCUGGUGGCCCACCGCAAGGCCCAGCAUGGCCUCAAGGAAGCCCUGCACCACUGCACCGUGUGUGGGGAGAGCUUCCUCAACACCACCCUCUUCCUCUACCACCGCAAGCAGCACAAGGAGAGGGGAAAGGAGGGGGUUACACAAGCCCAGGCCCAGGGAGGACAGACGCAGAAUGCAGAAGACCAGGAUUAUAAAACAGUAACAGUGCAGCAAGAGGUGGUGGAAGAGGUGGUGGAAGAGUCUAAAGAGGAGACAGCGGGGGUGGCUGAUUCCCAGAACAAUGGAACUGAGGAGCAGGACCAGGAUGGUACCCCCUCUACUUCCACUGUCUCUACCUCUGCUCCGGUUCAGGUGCCCAAGGUUGUCCAGGGCCAGAGUUUCCUGUGUGCCCAGUGUGGAGCCAGCUUCAGUAAAGAGCCAGAGCUCAGUACCCACCGUAGGGACAAGCAUGGCCUGAACGAGCCGCUCCACCACUGUUCCCAGUGUGGCCAGAGCUUCAUGAACACCACCCAGUACCUUUACCACCGACGCCAGCACCGUGGGGAACCAGGGGCUGGGGCAGGAGCAGCCACGGCUCCCCAGGGAACCCCCCGCGCCCCCAAGAGGAUGCUGUCCCCCCCUGCUGCCUCGUCCAGUGCUGCGUCAGGCUCACCGGCUAAAAGACCUGCUAUCAGGAUACGCAGCAUCAACGAUCUCAAAGACAAGGGUAAAGAGGUGAAUCCAGUCAUCCUUAAGGAAGAGCAAGAGGAGAAGACUGUAGCGGAGGAACAACCUGACACCAACCUCCCCCCUCCAGCCAAGCUGAUGCAGGACUGGUCCCGCACCCCUCUCCCCCACGUCUGCCCCCACUGUGGCCAGACCUUCACACGCAGGGGGUUCCUCCGCGCUCACGUCUUCAGCCACACCGGAGAGAAGCUCUUCACCUGCAAGGUGUGUCAGAAGUCGUUUGCGUCCUCUCCCAACCUGCUGCGCCACAGCCUGACCCACAUGGGCACCAAACCUUUCCCCUGCUCCGUGUGUGGCAAGCGCUUCUCCCAGCCGGGCGUCCUGAAGAGGCACGGCCUCACCCACAGCCAGCCCAAAGCCCGCCGCCGCAGGUCCAGAUGGAAGAAGCGGACACCAGAGGGGGAGGAUGAAGAAAGCCAGCUGUUUGCAUGUCCCAACUGCACUGCUCGCUUCCAGACUGACCAACAGCUGCAGGAGCACAGACUGCUCCACACCAGCCACCCGUUCCCCUGCUCAGUCUGUGGAGAGGCCUUCAAACGCAGGAAGGAGCUGGACCUGCACUCCCUCACUCACCAAGAUAAGGAGCCAGUGUUGUGCCCCCACUGUUCCUCCCAGUUCCUGAACCAGUCAGUGUUGGACAUCCACCUGCAGCGCUGUACCAGCUCAGAGGAGGACAAGACUGUGGGCCGCGGCCGGGGACAGGGACGGGGACGCUCCAUGGGACAGGUGGAGUGUGAUAUGUGCGGUCAUUGCUGUAUGACCCAGGAGGGUCUGGACCUCCACCGGCUGUCCCAUACGGGUCAGACCCCCCUACGCUGCCCCCUGUCCCCCUGCAGACGGCGCUUCGCUUCCAGCUCAGCCCUAGGGGAGCACAUCGUGGCCCACUGCCAGGGGACUCUGGGGAAGGGCCGCGGCUCCAAGAGGUUCCACUGCCAGAUCUGUGGCAAGGACUUUGCCUACACAUCCACCUUCAACGUCCACAUGAGGAUCCACACCGAUGAGAGGCCCUUCGAGUGUUCUACGUGUGGGAAGCGUUUCCGCCAGCUGCCCCACCUUAAGGACCAUGAGCGUAUCCACAGUGGCCUGCGGCCCUUCUGCUGCUGGGUGUGUGGUAAGGCCUUCAGUGUGGCCGGCCGUCUUACUGAGCACGCCCGCAUCCACAGCGGAGAGACGCCCUACACCUGCCACCGCUGCCCCUCAGCCUUCCGCUCACGCUCCAACCUCGACAAACAUAUCCGUCUCCACGACGACGGAACGGGCGGAAACACGGCCACUGAUGCAGAGGCGGAAGGGGCGAGGGUGCUCUUGUCUACAGGGACAGGGUCGGGUGGCGAGGGGGAGUCGGCGGUGCAGACCAUUCUGCUUGUCCAGGCGGAUGGAACCACAGAGGGGGUGAUGGUGCCGGCUGUGCCCGUCUCAGAGCACUCCUCUGGGGCUAUGUUCUCUGGGCAGGCUGGGUCUUCCCAGGUGGUGUUCUUGGGUGGUCAGGCCAUCUCUGUCCCCUCCCUCUCAGCCAUCAUGGAGGGACAUGAGAUCCCCUCGGUCACUAUGGUAGAGGGACAGGACGUACCACACACCAUAGAGUUCAUCCUAGAGGAGACCAUCUCAUAGAGGAGACUGAAGAGGAGGGAGGGGAGGAAGAGGGAAGAAAGGAGAGGGUUUGUGAUAGAAUGUAUUAGAGACUGAGACAGAGUUAGACUGUAAGAUGGUAGGAUUUUCGGUUAGUGUUGAGUUAAAUCAAGAGGUAUAGUUUUUGCUGUUUCCUCAGUGCCGUGGCUAUUCUUGUUAAAUGGUCAGAAUAUUGUUUCAUGGACUUGAAUGAUCUACGCAUCUACAUAUUCAUUGGUUUUGACAGACUUUUGUGAAGGAUCGGAUGUGUGGCCCUUAAGCUUUGAGAGGUGCUUCUUAGUUUGGAAGAGCAGAAUUGAUUUUAAAUGUUGAACUAGUACAGCGAAUCCAGUGAGGCAAACAACAGUUGUGUGGUAAAUUUUUUUUGGGAGAAGUUGAUUGAAAAGCUGAUUGUAAAAGUGUUCCCAGAGUGUGUACCGUCAAUAUUAUUUAGUGUGUUUUAUCAUGGUUGGACUUGAGUCGCCCAUAAAAUGUGCUCUAUUUUCUUUUUAAUAAAACGCUUCAGCUUUCA